UCUAAUAAAGAAUAACCCUUUCGUUUCUCGGUGACAUCUUGCCUCAUUGCAAUGUUUAUAUUGAAACUAUUGAGAAAUCACAGCAACUGGAGUUGUCAAAGCAUGAAUCACGUGAGAAAAAUAGCUCAGCAGAUAUGGAAACAAUAUCAGGAAAUCAGGCUCAGCAAUUAUGGAAACAAUCUCAAGAAGGCAGGGACAAAUCAUAUUCAAAAGCAACGGUCAAAUAAUGUGCCGUUGAGCUUCCUCAAUGUCAGGCAUAAUUAUAGCCUCAAUCAACUUUUCUUGUUGUGUCCUCUUGCAUCUGAAUUCACUCUCUUCUUGUUUUCAAAUCUGACUCACAAGAAAAUCAAACUCAUGGCAAAGAACCAGAAUUUGCUUACCAUUCAAAGCUUCCACCAGAUGGCAAGCCUUGUGUCGGUCAAGCUGUCAAGCACAAAUUUUCUGCUAUGGAAAUCACAGAUCUUUCCACUAAUUCGUAGCGCUCAACUCAUACAUCAUCUAGAAGAAGAGGCUCCAGUUGCAACGAUCAGCAAAGGUGGAAAAGAAGAGCUCAAUCCUGACUAUGCAAUUUGGCUAAAUAAUGAUGGCUUACUUACUAGCUGGUUACUUGGAACCAUGAAUGAAGAAGCAUUGAGCCUCGUUGUCGGCUGUGACUCAGCUUUUCAGAUCUGGAAGUGCUUAAAGGAACAUUAUUUGGCAUCAACAAAGGAGCAAGAAUUGCAUCUUAAAGGCCAAUUAGUAGUCAAACGAGGAGGAGAUGAUGAAUCUCUUGAAGAUUUCAUAAGAAAAUUCAAGAGAACUUGUGACAGUUUAGCUGCUAUACGUAAGCCUGUUGAUGACUUAGACAAAGUGUUUCACCUCUCCAGAGUAGUAGGGGGACGGUACCAGCCUUACAAUCUUGCUGUCUUAUCUAAGCCCCCAUAUCCUACCUUUAAUCAAUAUAUUGCAGGGUUACAAAACAAUGAAAGAGAUUUGCAGGUUGCUGAACAGGAAAGAAAGGAUAAAGUUCCAAACUAUGUCCAAGCCUUCGUUGCACAAAGGGGUAGAGGUCAACGUGGUAGAAGCAAUGGUAGCAGGUACUUCAACUCUAGAGGUAGAGGAUUUGUUCAAGCUGGAAACUAUCGACAUAAUGUGUCCAACCAUAGGAAUCCUAUGAUCAACAACAAUCCUAUACCACAACAAGCCAUACCACAAAAAUUUCAACCGAAAAAUUCAACACAACAAGGUGAGAAUCAGUGUCAAAUCUGUGGUGUUGCAGGCCAUACAGCCUUAAAAUGCUGGUACAGAUUUGACCAUGCAUAUCAAAGUGAAGAAUUACCUCAAGCUCUUGCAACGUUAAGCCUGUUGGAAGACAAGGAUCAAAACACUUAUGUUGAUACUGGAGCUACUGACCACAUGACCUCAGAUACAGGACCAAGCAACACAGGCGGUGCUAGCCAGAGGCACUAGGAAAGGGCAGCUGUAUGCAUUGGAUGAAGAGGAAAAACAUGUUCUUGCUGUUAUUUCAAAUAAGGCUACUGAUUCUAU